AUGGUGUAUGCUGCUCUUUGCCAUAGCAACAGACUCCGCUUCUCCUCUGCCUGGACUUGCAUAUACAUAUAUAUAUAUAUAUAUAUCUUCUUCUGUUGUGUUUUCUCUUCCUCAGUCUGCUAUAGCAACCAACGUUCUACUUUGGGACUGUUGUUAUUCCUGCAUCUUCACCAGAUAUCAGAUUACAGAAGCACCGCCAAAGAAGAGGGCGACAAAAAGAGAGAGAGAGAUAGAGAGAAAGGAGAAAGGAGAAAGAAAAUGCUACCACCGUCGGAUUCCCUUGCCCAUCAAAAUCUCAAGCUGGCCGAAGUCCUCGCUAGUAUCCAAAAGCAGACUGCUGCUGCUGCUGCUCCUCCGCCACCAUACGCUGCCACUGCAACUACUGCUACACCCGUGCCCAGCAACAACAUCACUGCGCCCGAGCUGCUGGGGGAAUUUGAAGAUGACGAGGAAGACGAUAACUUGUCCUUGGCCCCCAUUGUCAUCAGAAUUGAUACCUCCAUCUCUAUCGACGGGCAGAAUAACACCGUCACUAUCCCUUCUUCAUCUUCCGAAGACAGUCACUCAGAUGCUCAGAGCCCAGUUUCCUCAAUACAACAGCUACAGCAACUACAGCAGCGUCGACAGGCCAAGUCGGCACAGCUGGCGUCGGCUAUCAUCUCAGCCUUGAAAUCCGCCGGUGCUCUGGAUGACCGGGAGACGGGCAGACAGCGGCCGAUGGAAGUUGACGUCAACGCCGGCAUUAGAAUUACGGGGAAUUCAAACAUGAUUUGUCCUGGCGCUCGUAAGAGGAGUUCAUCGGACCUGGUUUCGGGACAGCCGGACAGGAAGCGUCGAGCACAGUCUAUACCCCUGAGAGGAAACGAGUACUUCCUAGCAAGGAGCCAGCUGGUCCCUGAAUAUCCUCGUUUUCUUUUCUUCUUCGCUCCGAUUUUUUUUUUUUCUCUAUCAACGGAGCAGUCUGAUCCGACCAUGGCUUCAGUCUACAUCCAAGUAGCCCAAAAGAAGCCAUUGUCAAUACGGAUCAGGUUUGGUGUCAUGACAAUUGAUGACGGAUUCGGAAUAGGGUAG